AUGGCGUCGUGGUUAUUCAUCGCGGCCGUAUUUGCAGCUGCAAACGCACAGAGUAAUAGAAAUGAUGGGCCGCGAUUUUUGUCUAGAGGACAUUCUUUCAGAACCGUGGUAGGAGACACACUUCUGUUGCCGUGUCAAGUACAAAAUUUAGGUUCGCUGGUAUUACUAUGGAGGCGAGGCCCCGCUGUGCUGACGGCAGCCAGUCUCAUGGUCACUAGAGAUGAGAGGUUCCGUCUUGUUGAUGGCUACAAUCUUCAGAUCACUGAUGUGGGGCCACAGGAUGCUGGUGACUACGUCUGUCAGAUCUCAGACCGUGUAGCCCGAGACCAGGUCCACACAGUUGAGGUCCUGGUCCCUCCCAGUGUGAGACCCUCACCGGAGUCCCGACAUGCCGCCGCCAGACGCGGUGGUGCUGCGGUACUGGAGUGUAGAGCAUCUGGGAAUCCUGUGCCUACAGUUACUUGGCAUAAGCUGAACGACACAAGUACCCGGCUCGGCGAGGGGCCGCAACUUCAGCUGUCGCGAUUGGAGCGUCAACACAGCGGACGUUACGCGUGUACUGUUGAUAACGGCGUUGGACCGCCAAUUGUUACCGAGUUCCAGCUGCAGGUGCUAUUUCCCCCUGAGAUCACAGUGGAAAGAUCGUGGGUUCAUACGGGAGAGGGGUUCAGAGCUGAACUCUUGUGUACGGUGCUGGCUGACCCUCCGGCUGAGGUACUGUGGUAUCAGAACUCGUUUCCACUAUCUGCCAGUGAGAGGGUCACCAUGUCGGUCCGUGGAAAUAACCACACCCUACUCAUUGCUAACGUUCAACCAGAGGACUUUGGGAACUACACCUGUGUAGCAGACAACAGUCUGGGCCGAGCUCGCCAACAUGUAGAAGUAUCAGGUCGACCUGGUCCUGCCAGAUUCACGUCUCCUCCCCUGGCGAGGGCACCAACGUCCUAUACCCUGGCCUUUGCAGUGGACAGCUAUCCUCCUUUGGAUGAACUGCGACUUCUCUACCGUCAGCUCGCUAUCAACGAGUCCUUCCAGCAGCCAGGUCGUUGGCACGAUGUGGUUAUUCCAGCUCCAGAGCCCACGGGGUCCCUGACACACCGCGUCUCCCAUGAGCUGAAGGGGCUGGAGCCAGGUGCGGUGUACGAAGCUAUUGUUCAGGCCAAGAAUCGAUAUGGGUGGAAUGAGGUAAGUGACAUCUUCCAAUUCCACACCCUGGGUGGGCGGCACUCGGUACACGCGAAUGAGCUCUCGCCUAUGUUCUCAUCGGCAUCUCAAAUACGACUGACGUUUUCGCUGCUAGUUUGCUCCCUUUACGCCUUCGGAUGA